AUGGAAUCCCACGCCCAAACAGCGGAGUCUUCUCACAAACGGCCUCGGUCUCCCACCGCCGAUCAUGGCAUGUCGUCGAAAGUGCCCAAGACGCACUCGAACCACCUGCAGAUUAACUAUUUGGCACGACAGUACCCUGACAACCUACCGCUCGUCUCCGUCGAUGAUACCAUGCCUGCGAUCAUCCAUCUGCUCGGCGAAUACGACGGCGUUCUACACCGCCACGAGAGCAUCGCCGGAAACCUGGGCGCAUGUCCGCUCGGUCCGAUCUUGAUCAAACGCUUCGAGCGCCUGUUCGAUGGACCCCCGCAAGUUUUGAAAUCCCAUGGCAAAGACGGACCUACGGUGACGUGGCUCGAUGUGGUCGAAUUUGCGAAGAAUAAACCCGAGCAGUUCAAUCUGGAGAAGUCGCGUAACGGCGUGCGAGUCUGCCAGUUCUAUACCAAGCAGUGUCGCGUGGAAAUCAGCGAGGAGGAUUUCGUUUUGAUUGCUUCCGGCAUGCCGCAGAAGAUGAUCCCGCCCCAACCUAUCAUUGAGGACGAGGAAAAGGAGCUGGGCGCGCUGGAGAUUCUUGAGAAGAACUUGCAACAUAUAAUUCAGAUGGCCGAUCAAGUCUCUGCCCGAGCGAGACAGCUUAACCAUCGUUUGAAGAACCGCCGCAAUGCUAUUAUCACCCGACGAGAGAAUGAUGCUUCUCUACAUUCGCAGACCCGAAAUGUCAGCGAAAUCUGGCGCGAUGCCAACGGUCAUGGCCUAGGAAACGGGCAUGGAUCAUCUCACCCUUCUCCGUCUGGUUUCGUCGCUGUCAACACUCAUCGUCCUGAAGGCGAGCACACCGAGGAGAACCCUUUAUCAUCCCAAUUCAUGUUCUCACAAUCCAACACCGAUAAUGUCACCAUGAUCAACGGGCAAUCGAUCAAAGGCGCCUCCCCGACAACCCGGGCAGACUUGAUGAAGAGGUUUUUCACAACAGCUGACCGCCACGCCCGCGGCUACGACGACGUAACAACCCCAGCCAACCCUCAACCACUCUCUCGGCCUCGUGCCUCCGAGCCAGCAGACUACAGUCUCUACAACCCCGCGACGGUAAACGCGGUCGCUAUCCCAAACACCCCAUCAUCCCUCCUCCCGCCGCCAAAAUCAAUUCACCAAGAAAAAGACGACGGAGGCCCCUUCAAGCUAGAAAUGGUAGCCCGCAUGGAAGAGCUCCAGCGCGGCGAACGCGUAAUCCCACCCUGCGACCGCUGCCGCCGCCUCCACAUGGACUGCCUUAAGAACCUCACAGCGUGCGUUGGUUGCACAAAGAAACACGCCAAGUGCUCCUGGCGCGACGUCAAAGAAGAAGAAGUCACAGCAAUGCGGGCGGGACACACCGCAUCGACGGUAUCCCACGAGCGCCAGGACAACGACCGCACCAACGCAAACAUUACCCCACCCCAGUUUGCUAUGGGUCCACUUCCCCCGAUCUCCGCCGAGCGUGAGCAUCCCCGAGAACCGCCCUUUGAGCCAGAGGUCCACGCCUACUACUAUCAACACCGACGCGAGUCAGCUCCCUCAGCCCCGAACCUGGCUCCUGGUUCUGCAGUUCCGAUGGAGCUCCCUUCAAAUGAUAAUUCCCCGCGACGGGCAGUGAGUGAGACAGAGAAAAGGGACCGCCCUCAUAUCCCUGCUGGUCGUGUCUUGGAUCGCCCCGAGGAUGAGGAUCCCGAUGCCAAUCAGCGGCUCAGACAGGCUAUCUUGGAUACUGUGGAUCAUCACACACGUGUCGCUGCGGCUGUGCAGGAGAGGGAGCGUGGUGCGGAGCGUGGGGAACACCCAGGUAUGGGCAGUGGUGGUGUUCUUCCUGCUCCAGGCUCUGCUCCGGUUUCUGGUGCUGGCUAUGACCGAGAACGAGAACGGGAGCGGGAGCGGGAGGCUGAUCGUGAUCGUGACCGGCGUAUGGUGCAUGCGUAA